AUGGCAGAGCUCCCGGUAUCUGGAGUGAGGGAGUGUGGCAGGAAACAUGAGGUCAUGGCAGGGGGGAAUGGGAGUCAUCAGGACUUUCAGAACCUUAAAGCAAAGUUCCAGGGCUUACAGGCUGGGUUUAGUGAAGUACCCAAGAAGCCGCCGCUGCCCAAGGGCUCUCAGCUGCCAGGCCUAGGGCGAGCCCAUCCUGCUCCAGAGGGUUCCCCCGCUGCUAGGGCUCCUGAUACUAACCAACGGAGGCCUCCGUGGCAAAGAAAAGAGCUGGGCCAGGGUGUCCCUCGCAGGAGGCCGCUGCCACCUCUCAAGACUCUUGGUCCUCAGCCUCCCAAGCCCCCUCUUCCACCUGGUACCCUGCACCUAGAACAAUUCAGGAGGACUGCAGCCUUUGCCCACCAAGUCCCAAGAAGAGAGCCCAGCUCUUUGGCUUCCUCAGAUGACCUGCUGGUCGCAGAGAGAACUCUCAAAGAUUUCCAACCACGUGGCCUGCAACUACGGAGCAGCUGGAAAUCCUCAGAAGAGGAUAAGGUAAAGGAAAUCCCCAAAGCCCUGAAGCCCCUGAAGCAGUACAAGAAGGAAGAGAAAGCAGAAAGGGAAUUCAGAAAGAAAUUUAAGUUUGAAGGGGACAUCGUGACUUUGACAAGGAUGAUGAUUGACCCCAAUGCCAAUACCCGUCGUGGGGGUGGUAGAAACUUGGCUAUCAGACGUGGGGAGAUCCUGGACGUGAUCCAGUUCACCAGCCGAGAACAGAUUCUAUGCCGGGAUGUCAGAGGAAAAUAUGGUUUCAUCCCUAGAACAGCUCUUCUCCCCCUGGAGACAGAAGUAUAUGACGACGUUAGCUUCUGAGAACAUCUUUGGAAUCCAGGCACUGUCCUCCUCCUCCGUGGUGGGUCCAGAGAAAAUUAUAUGCUUCUCCUUUAUGCAUUUAAC